GCCAUGGGCAAGGCAGUCGGGCCGAGUCGCCAGCCGCGGACGGUUCACGCUCUAAACUUGCGCGCGCAUUUCCAGAGAGAAGAGAGAAUUCUAUUAAGGAAGAGAUUUAAAAUUCAAAGUGUGUGUGUGUGACGCGGCUCGUGCUUAGUGUUUUAUUUUGCGACAGUUUUUUUAAAAAAGAGAAAAACCUUUCUUUGUAGCCGGAAGAAAACGACACAGACAACCUUGUGGAGAGAGACUCCCCUUUUUUAAUGAAAUAAGACGGGCCGGACAGGAUUUUUCUUUGACGGACGAAAUAAAAAAAGUGGACGGGUUUUCUUUUUCGGUUGCCGUCGUGGAAUUUUCUCUUAAAUAAUUGACCAAGGAUGACUUGAAGUUUCGACUCUUGAUUUCUCUCAACUUUUUUUUCGCUAAACACUCACGCGUGGAAAAUACAAGAAUAAUAAAAUGACCGAAAAGCUGCUUCGUCAGUGCGCAGUGCACGGUCGCUUUUUGGCCGCUUGGAGUUGAACGGAGAAAAAAUCAGAAAAGUGGACAACAACAAAAGUGUGUGGGGGAAAAUAGAAAAACAACUUUUGGAGAGAGAGAAGAAAAACAAAAGCGUUUUCACACAUUGGGGGGUCGUGUGUCACACAGGUGUGUGCGUGAGCGGCAACUCUGAAAGAAAAAAAACUUCUUCUUCUUCUUCUUCAUUUCGCAAUAAUACAUAAAAGCGCAGACGAGUAAUACAAGAGUCAGUCGCCCACACGACGAUUUCUUUUUGGGCUCCCUCCACGCAAACAACCAGUCGGCGUCAGGAGCCACACGACACAACAAACAACAACAACAACAUCCAACAAUUGCCAACUGAUUGCCAAACCGACAACAUGAAAAGGUACGGCUCAACGCUGGCCAUCCUCGUCCUGCUGGCAGGUCUUGCCUGUUGCCGGGCGCAGCAACAACCGCCACCACCACCACCACAACAACAACAACACCAAUCCUGCACAGUAGACGGUGUGACCUAUGAAGACGGAUCUUCCUGGCCAUCGCUGGAUGGCUGCCAACAAUGUAAAUGCAGUUCGGGACUAACGUUUUGCGUCCGCGUUUCCUUCUGUCGCGAUCUCGGCCAAUGCGGAGUCAUCGUGACACUUCCCGGCGCAUGCUGUCCGGUCUGCUUUGGCUGCGUAAGUCCGUCCGGUAGGAAAAUGUCGCUAAACGAAACUUGGAUGGAAGAUGAUUGCACAACUUGCAUUUGCCGCGAUGGCCAGUCCAAGUGCCAAGCCUCUUUCUGCCGUACUCCGUGCCUCCAGCCGCGCAAAGUUCCAGGAGAGUGCUGCCCAGUCUGCGAUGAUGACUGCCACCUGCAGUGUCUCUACGGGCGGGCAGUGGAUUCCAGCGGGCGAGAGUUGUGCGAGUGCCGCAAGGUCCCCGACGAGGAUUUCCGCGACUUGCAGGUGACCAUUCAAACGAAGGUGAUAGACCGGGCUGAAGGAGUGGACGGGCAAGAAGCCGAUGGAGAUUUCGUCACGGCCGGGGCCAACGAGGCCAUCAAUUGCCCGAGGGUUCCGUGCAAGAGGAUGUGCGCUCACGGGUUCCAGACGGACGAGCGUGGAUGCCCGAUAUGCAAGUGUCAACGCUGCAAAUCCAUCCAGCCGUGCCACAAGAAAUGCGCGCUGGGCUUGGUCCAUGAUGGACGAGGAUGCCCUACUUGUCAUUGCCGGCCAGGUGUUAGCAGCAGCAGCACCUCGCCCUCGCAGAAUGGCGGAGCGACGCGCCAACCGGUCAUGACGUCAUCGUUUUCAGUCAGCAGCAGCAGCAACGGCAAGUGUCUGGCAGGCGGUAGCAACCUCACCUUCUACAACUAUGGAGAUCGUUGGCAGAUGGAUGACUGCACCCACUGCGUCUGCCAUCCAGGAGGGCCGACCUGCACAGAGAUGGCCUGUCCGCUCCCUUGUCACAACGCCAUCUUCGUUCCCGUAAGUCGUCCAGUGUUGAUCUUUGACGACUCCCCCUCCAACAAAAAAUUUGGUUUGCCUAGAGUAACUAAGUCAACAUUAACGUUAAACAAAACACAGGGUCAAUGCUGCCCAGUGUGCGGUGACGGGUCUCGCACUUCGACCAUACCGACCGGUGGAUCGUCGACGGGCCAACAACGCAAUAGCGACGAGAGUCGAGAUGGAAUGGCGGACGGUACGGCGCUACUGACGGUAGUGCUGGUGUGCGUGGCCCUAGUAGCUGGAUUGAUCUUAAUCGUGGCUAUUUUGGCCGUUUGCGUGGCUCGUCAGUGCCAGCGCCUUCAACUGCACGAGGAGAGCAUGGCAGCCGCUGCCGUGAAACUAACGGCCGUCAACCGAUUAAGGCCCAAAUCGACCAAUCUCGAUUAUCAGUACAAUCUGUAUCUACACCGUUACAGGGAAACUGUCCCGGGGAACGGAUGGCCAUUUGACGGAUCGUCUGACUCGCAAGACAAGGACGAAGGCGGGAGCAGUCAGUGCAGCAACAGCCCCCUGCUGAUGGUGAAAUCCGCGUGAAGUUCCAGCACGAAGAGGCUGACUGCGACCAGCAUCACUUUUGAAAGGCUUGCCUGCGGAUGCGCACUUUCUGUACAUAGCUUCAAACAACAUCCAUUUUAUUUAAUGAUAAUUUGAUAGGACAGGUUAAAAAGAAAAACAAAAUAAAGGAGAAAAAGAGUAGUCACCUUAGUAUAGAAUUACCAUGACGACCGUUGUUUGAUAACUGUUUCACGCUCGUGUUCACUAAUGUCGGAGCGAGUCGACAUUUCGGAAGGAAAAAAAAUUCACUAUUUCAAGAUUUUAAGGAUUAUUGAAUAUAGUUUCUCUAACUGCAAACAUCUCUGUAAUCUCGUUGUAACAUUAUCAAAUUAUUAUGAUACACACUGGGAAGAUUACCGAAGUACGAAGAGAAACCACAA